GCAGACUAGUCACAGCACUGCAUUCCCGCCUUCCCAGGAUACACUUCCACUUCAGACAGCUUGAUUUUACUUUGAGUCUGCGCGUAUUCCCCUAUGUACCACUUGGCAAUUAGGAUAUGGUUGGUGGUAGUGAUUGUGCUGUUCGGGAUCGCCUCGGGCAGUCUCAUGGACGGCACCUGUAGAGGGAGAAUGGGUAAUCGUGAGAUCUACAACAAGGUUGAUCGAGUUUGUGAGGACUGUGUUAAUAUCUUUCGAUUACCAGGGUUGGAAGGCUUGUGUAGAGAUCGGUGCUUCUACAACGAAUGGUUUCUGCUUUGUCUGAAGGCUGCCAACAGGGAGGACGAGAUCGAAAAUUUUAGAGUGUGGAUAAGUAUUCUGAACGCCUGAAAAUGAGUUUGAGAACAGGUUUUCUGUUAGGAUAAUGGUACCCACAAGUGACAUUCCAGUCUGAGCCUACAAGGUCUAGCGGUCACGCAGAGCAUGUAUAGGAAAGAUUACAUGUGAAAUAUUGUCUGAUCUGCAGUCUAUCAUGACCUAGAUCCCUGUUUAUUUUGCAGUUCAUAUAUUGCACUGAUCAGAAUUUGGAAAAAAAAACAAUAAGCAAUAUC